CCCCCCCCCCUUUAUUCCCGAGCACGUCCGACAGACAGGAAGGAGCAUCCAUCAUCCAAGCCAACCCGCACACAACAUCCACCGUCGCACGGGAGGAGGCGGGCCUCAGGUCGAGGUCCACGUUCGGGGUCUCGGCUGAGGUGUCUCGGGGAGGAAGAGGCGAUCCCCCCUUGUGACGGGGGAGUCGGCUGCCGCAUGUGAUCCGAGAGCGUUCGCCGCCACUUUUUCGGUCGCUGGCUGGCUGGCUGGCUGGCUGGCUGGCUUGUUUCGCCCGUCUGCCAGAUGUCUGUCCAACAUCCGACGCUGCCGCCGCUCCAGCAGCAGCAGCAGCAGUUGAAACAGGAGCCGCCGCCGCCACUCCCACAGCUGCACCUUCAGCACCAGCAGCAGCAGUCCCUCCCCGUCGGCCCACCCUCGUACGGCGCCCAGGCGGCGGCCCUGACGCCAAGCUCCGGCACCGGCACCUCCCUGUAUGCGUCCCCCUCCCCAAGCGCCCUCAGCUUCUCGUCGUCGCACCACCACCACCACGCCGUGGGGAGCAGCGCCGGUGGGGCGGCCGGCAGUAGUCAGCACCACCGCCACGGUCUGCACCAGCACCAACAGCAGCGCCAGCAGCGCGUCGGCAGACUGGUCUCGGGCGGCACCCCCUCGACCGCGGGCGAGGGCAGCAGCGUGACCGACCCGCUCGAGGACCACCACGACAGCGGCAGCGGCAGCGUCCAUGGCGGCGGCGCCGGGUCGUCCCGCCGCGCUGACGCCGCGGGCAGCAGUGACAGCUCCACCGCCGCGCCCGAGGAGCAGCAGGCUGAGGGCUCCGCCGCCCUGCGCAUGAGGAAGAAGCGCAACAAGCCGACGCUCUCAUGCUCCGAGUGCGUCGAUAGGAAGACCAAGUGUGACAGGGGAAGGCCUCGAUGUCUUGCGUGCAUCAAACGGCAGACGACAUGUCGGUACGCAUUUGUUGCCAACCUGAUUGAGGAGACGGGAAGGAGCUCUGGAAAUGGCUUCCGCAUGCUCAAAGCCCCUGCUAAGAAGCGGCGCUCCGACUCCCUGGCUUCGCCCGUGUCGGCCACCAAGGCCACAGCUGACCGCGGCGGCCUGCCUACGCCUGCGCCUGCGGGCUCCAAGGGCGCCAUAGCGCUUUCUACCGGCCUUCUUUCAAACAUACCCUAUUCUCACCCCACGGCCUCAAACGUCUUCGGCGUCGGGACCGAGCACCCUUUUGCCAACUAUUGGACAUGCCAGGGAGGCCUCCGCGAGGUCGUUGCCUUCAUGCCAGACAAGCAACAAGCCGACGCCCUCUUGUCACGCUACUUUGAAUGCGUCGACCCGGUGUACCCUAUGCUGCACCGCCAGACUUUCUAUGCCGACUACGAACACUACUGGUCCAUGGCCCAGGCGGAGCGAGAGCGGACCGAUGCCGACUUUGUCUCGCUGCUGUUUGUCAUGCUGGCCUUGGGCACGCAGUUCGUCAUCGCCUCGUCUCCAACCGAGAGGAAACAGACGGCCGAGUUCUACGCUUCAGCGAGCAACCAAGCCCUGCGCGUGGGCUCAUACCUGAAUCGGGCGUCCAUGCGCUCUGUCCAGGCCAUGGUUCUGCUAACUUAUUUCCUCAUAAACGAUAACCACGCAUCUGACGGAUGGGCCUUUGCCGGCAUCCUCAUGAGGCAGGCAUACGCGAUAGGACUGCACAGGGACCCUAACAUAGUCAUGCCGGAUGCAUCCAUCUUUGAGAAGCAACAACGACGGAAGCUGUGGCAAGCAGUGCUCUUGCAAGACACGUUUCUUACGGUGCUGCUGUCGCUCCCACCAACAGCGACGCAUACCGACGUCAACGUGGACGACCUGAUGGAGGAUGAGUCGUCAAUAGCCAACAGCAACCCCCUGGACAACGCAUACAUCCGGGGCUCCUGGACGCUUGCAAACCUCGUUCAAGAGACCAUCUGCUCCCCGCGAUCGCUGGACCUGCCCGUGUGCACGACGGUGCGGCACAAGAGCAAGCUGGUGUCGGACUUCAAGGCCGUCUACCGCUCGUUCCCGGACACUUUCCGCAGCUGGGACCCGGAGUCCCUGGCGCAGGAGGCCAGGGCGUCGGCCGCCGGCAAGAGGCUGGUGCGGCAGACCCUGUUCCUGACCAGCAACUACUUCCACAACCUGAUGCUCGUGCACGCCUCCGAGGCCCCCGACGUGCCCGUCAACGUGCGCGGCGCCCUCGACGCGGCGCACCAGGCCAUCACGGCCUUCUUCGUCCUCUUCUCCGUCUUCGACCUGGACGCCAGGGUCUGGUGGGUCUUCAACCACCGCGCCUUCCUCGAGGCCCUCUGCAUCGGCAGCAUCGUCCGCGACGCCGCAAAGGAGCCCGACGGCGCCGCGACGGUGGCCAGGGAUCCCAUGUUUAUAAGGGCCAAGGACGAUAUCAACCGGAUGAUCGAGAUCAUGCGCUUCAUGGGCGAGGGUGAUAACGGGUCGGAAGUGGCCAAGACGAGGGUGCAGGUCUUGAGUGAGUACUUGUAGUCGGCCUUUUCGGCUCCGUAGGGAUUGUGAGAAGCGCACUGAGAAGAGAGGAGGAGUCUUCUGUAUCUCGGAUUGACUACGUUAAUAGAUAAAGAGCUUUGAUUACUAUAUAGCUUUACCCACGCCAACCUGUUAUGCCC